UUCAACAUCCACAAGGCACCUCAAACCUUUUAUUAAUAACCUCCUCAUCCACCUACUUCAAUUUUCUUGCUUGCUUACUUACUUUCAUACCUAAUGAUUCGUAAUGUCACAAGCUCCACCUCUUCCAGAGGCAUCGCUGCCAUUGUGGGGGUCGGUCCCAAUCUCGGUCGAUCCAUCGCUCGCAAGUUCGCUCUCGAAGGAUAUACCGUCGCCAUCCUUGCCAGAGACCUUGGUAGAUUAUCAAGAUUUGCGGACGAAAUAGCGAGGGAAACGAAGGUGCAGGUGUACGCUAUUCCUAUCGAUUGCUCGGAAGCACAGAGCGUACGAGAUGCAUUCGAAGGAGUUCUGUCAUUAGGUUUUGUGGAGGUUUUGGUUUACAAUGCUUACCAACCUAUUCCAUGGCAGUACGGCGGUCCUUCCAGUUUCACUGACAUUCGUCAUGAUUCAUUUCAAAAGUCCCUCGCCGUAUCUUCUGUAGGUGCUUUCCACUGCGCUCAGCAGGUGUUGCCGGGAAUGGUAGAAAGAGGAAGAGGGACCAUAUUAUUCACCGGAUGUGCGGCUUCUUUAUCCGGUGUUGCCGGAUUUUCUGAAUUAUGUUGUGGCAAGUUCGCAUUAAGAGGAUUAUCUCAAUGUCUGGCUAAAGAGUUUCAUCCGCUCGGAGUACACAUAGCACACGUCAUUAUUGAUGGCAUAAUUGGGGCAUCAAGGGCAUUGAUGAUGCCACAAAGAUCGUUGGUUGGGGAACAACAAAGAGCAGUAGGGGACGGAUCUUUGGACCCUGAUUCGGUGGCUCAGACCUACUGGUAUUUGCACAUGCAGCCUCGGGCCGCUUGGACCCAAGAGAUAGAUAUUCGCUCACCCAACCCCAGAUUCGUCUAGAAAGUUUGAUCAUCUGUAUAUUACUGAUUUUUUGUUUCAUAGUUUGAUUGUGUAUGUGUGAAAAAUGUAUAACGUCAAGGCUGGUAUACUUUGGAGGCAACCUGCAUUUUGCCUUCAAAACCUUGAAAUAAUGUUUGAGAUUCGAAAUUAUUUAAUAUUGUUGUACAAUUUAAAUGCGAAGUAUAUUUAAGGUUGAUGGUUGCUUGAUGAUA